ACGUCUUCAUUUUUUGUUGUGUUGUACUUGACAUUGCUGCAACUACUGUAGUUGCACGCACUUUGCUGUGUUGUAUUUUUCCCCACUGUAUACGUAAAGUAGCUUUGAGGUAUCUGGUUGUACUUGUACUUUGACAGGGUCUUUAAUAGUCGACACGGGUAACAGGCGCGUGUACAGUUUUAUAGGAGUCUUUCAGGUAGAGUUGUAUAAGGCCUGCUCGGGUUAUUUCCAUCACUACCGCUGGCUGACGUUAGCCCUAAACAGAAAUGUCACUGGAGGACUAUGAAAGACAUUUCGACUCACUAAAUUCAGAUUUGGGUGGCGGGUCUGUGCUCAGUGAGCGAUCAGCGUCGGGGACGUUUAAUGGCGAAGAGGAAAAGUUACAUUACAUUCCUAUCCGGGUCCUCGGGAGGGGGGCGUUUGGUGAAGCAACUCUCUAUAGAAGAACAGAGGACAACUCUCUGGUGGUAUGGAAGGAGGUGGACCUGAACUCGCUCUCAGAAAAGGAGUGCAGAGAUGUCAUGAAUGAAAUAAGCAUACUCUCCAUUCUGGAGCACAAUAACAUCAUAGCCUACUUCAAUCACUUCAUGGAUAGAAACACUCUGCUCAUUGAAUUGGAGUAUUGCAAUGGAGGAAAUCUGUAUGAUAAAAUCAACCAACAGAAGGGGAGACUUUUCAGUGAAGAGGUGGUCAUAUGGUACCUGUACCAAAUAGCCUCCGCAGUGUCAUACAUUCACAAGGCUGGGAUAUUACACAGAGAUAUCAAAACUCUGAACAUUUUCCUGACCAAGACUGACCUCAUGAAGCUGGGCGACUACGGACUUGCUAAGAAGCUAGACUCUGAGUUUUCAAUGGCAGAGACUUGUGUGGGAACUCCAUAUUACAUGUCACCUGAAUUGUGCCAGGGAGCAAAGUAUAACUUCAAAUCAGACAUCUGGGCCAUGGGUUGUGUACUUUUUGAAGUCUUAACUCUUACAAGAACAUUUGAUGCAACGAACCCUCUGAACCUCUGUGUGAAAAUAGUCCAGGGAAACUGGACAAUGGAAGUGAACUCAGAUGUUUAUUCAUCUGCGUUGAUCGAGCUGGUGUAUGAGUGCCUACACCAAGAGCCUGCAAAGAGGCCUACAGCGGAGCAGAUUCUGGACCAGCCAUUUAUCUCCUGCUGCCGACAGGAGCUUGAAGAGCGCGUUGCCUUGCUGAACUCCUCAAUGAAGAAACCAAAGCUGAGUACAGUGAACGAAACCUCUGUUGCUGUGGUGACCACACGCUCAAGGGAGGUGUACUUCUGGGGAGGAGGGAAGUUUACUCCCCAGAAACUGGACAUGUUUAAAGGAGGCAGCAGCGCUCAACAUGUUUGUGCUGGAGAGAGUCAUUUUGCAGUGGUGACAGUUGAAAAGGAGCUAUACACCUGGGCUAAUGUUCAAGGAGGUGCCAAAAUGGUGGGCCAGCUGGGACACGGAGACCAGGCCUCAUACCGGCAGCCAAAGAAGGUGGAGAAGCUUCAGGGGAAGGCCAUUCGACAGGUGGCAUGUGGGGCUGACUUCACUGCUUGUGUCACUGAUGAAGACCAGAUGUACAUGUUUGGUUCAGACUAUUAUGGAUGCAUCGGAGUUGAGGGCGAGCUUAGCAUGGAGAUUUUGGAGCCAGUGCUUCUGGAGUUUUUUGAGGAGCGGCCUGUCCGUCAGGUUUCCUGUGGCGACAACCAUGUGGUGGUUCUGACUCAGAGUGGAGACAUCUUCUCCUGGGGUUGCGGAGAGUAUGGGCGUCUCGGCCUGGAAUGCGAGGAUGACUUCUCUUCUCCAAUGCAAGUGGAGAUCCCUAAAGGUGCCACCAUCUCCUCAGUGUCAUGUGGCAGUGAUGGAACCUUCUUUUUAACAGAAACUGGCAAAGUCCUAGCAUGUGGAAACAAUGAGUUCAACAAACUGGGUCUGAACCAGGGAAUCUCUGGCAUCAAAAACCAUCCUGGAGAGGGUUACCAGGGAAUCCCAUACAUUACCACACUGACCUUGGUAAAGCAGCUGUCAAGGUUCAAGAUCCAGGUCAUAGCUCCAGGGAAAACCCACACAGUUGCAAUUGAUGGACGUGGUCGGCUGAUUACCUUUGGCUGCAACAAGUACGGACAGCUGGGUGUGAAGGACUUUAAGAAACACCAAGGUGUCCAACUCCUGGUUGGACCCUUCGGAGGGAAGAUAGUGACCAAAGUGUCUUGUGGAGAUGGCUUCACCAUUGCAGCCACUGAGGACAAUCACAUCUUUGCAUGGGGAAAUGCAGGAAACGGGAGACUUGGGAUGCCUGCUGAUAAAGGAUUUGGUUCAGAGGUUUGCCCCGCCAUGCCAAGGCCCAUCUUUGGUUCCCUUCACCACGUACCAGACCUCUCCUGCCGUGGUUGGCACACCAUUAUCAUAAUGGAAAAAGUACUCAACUCCAAGACUAUACGCUCUAACAGCAGUGGAGUAUCAAUCGGUAGUGGAGUGGGCCAGGAAACAUCUACAUCAACAGUGGAUAUGGACAUAGAACCUGGUUCUGAGACAGAGAGUCGAGAUAGGGGUCUUGGUGGUACACUGGAGGCUAAUACGGAGGAGUGCUUCACAGGGACCUCGAUGAUGUUAAUGGCAAAUCAGACUGGAGACAGCUCCUGCCCUCUGUGGCUUAGAAAGGAGCUUGAGGAUGCAGAAUUCAUCCCGAUGCCAGAAGACUCCGAGCCAUGCACUCCUGACCAGCUCUCUUCUUUCUCUGAGAGCGUCACUCUACCUUAUGAGGAAUUGAAAGAAAUGACGGCUGCAGCUGCAGCAGUCAGCAGUAGGAAAGACCUGCCGACUAAACGAAUGGACUGUGAUGAAGAUAAUGGACUGGAGGAGUCUGAUGUCUGCAAAAAAGGAGAAUCGGGUGUAUGUUGCAAUGCAUGUAGAGAGGUCAUACAGCUGCGAGAGACAGUCGCUCGUCAAGAGAUGAGGAUCCAGAUGCUCGAGAAGCAGGUCAGUGACCAGCAGAAGGAGAAUGAGAGGCUCUGGGCAGCAAUCAAUCGUUCAGCGCUACGGGAAGCUGGGUGUGACAAUAAUGGAAACCAUCAGUCUGAGCGUGUGCCUGGGGAUGGAGGAGGAAGAGCAAGUGGAUUCACAAACCAUGGGAACAGAUCUGCAGGGGCCAGUGUGUGAGGCUCUACCUGCAGAGUUCAAUAUCGUGGGAGAAGUGUCAAAACUCUUAGCACAUAAUGAAUUAAACAAACUGGUUAAAUAGGAAGUGAAGGUGCAGAGAGUGCAUACUCAAAAUGGUGAUGUUGCAGUAUACAUGUUUUGGCAUAGCGUUGCAUGAUUACUUUUAAUGCAUUUAUAAUACUGUAUAAUACCUUGGACACUCUCUUAUGCACACUUGUGUUCACCUGGGUGGGGUGAUCUAGCUAAUUUCUCCAUAGACUGAAAUGUUGGCUGGAUUCAACAUAAAGCAUUGGACCUUGACAGCGGCGAGAGACAAUCUGAUUAUAGUGUUGCUCUGCAAUGUGAAUGUUAAGUCCAUGUGUUAUUACUGUUGACCUUUAGUGAUGUCAGCAUUGAGACUUCACUCCUUAGUGCCUCAGUUAUAAGUGUUAUUUACA